CUCGGAAAGUACUUCUCUGUUUAAAGCGGGCAGACCCUCGUCCCAACUCAAUGAAAGGUUUCGUUGCUAUUCUGCUCCCUCUGUAACUGCUGGAAAAGAAAUUAAGAUAGCUAGAGGUGUAGUGUGACGACAUGGGAAGGCUGUUUGCGAUCAGUCUUGAAGGAAAAAUCUACAGCUGCAAGCACUGCAAAACCCAUCUUGCUCUUGUUGAUGACAUACUCUCUAAGUCGUUUCACUGCAGACAUGGAAAGGCUUAUCUUUUUCAUAACGUUGUUAAUGUCACACUCGGAGAGAAAGAAGAGCGGAUCAUGAUUACCGGAUUACAUACUGUUGCUGACAUAUUUUGUGUUUCAUGUGGCUCAAUGGUGGGGUGGAGAUACGAGGCUGCACAGGAGAAAAGCCAGAAGUACAAGGAAGGGAAAUUUAUCCUUGAGAGAUUCCAGAUUCUUGGUCCUGAUGGAAGCAACUACUCGAUAGCUUUGGAAGCUCAGAUUGGUGGAAGCGAUGCUGAUGAUGCUUGAUUGAUAAAAACAUUCAGGAAAUUGCACUUAGUUAAAAUGUAUAUUCUUUGCUACCACGUGUUUCUUUAUUGAGUCUUCACAUUUGGGUUAAAUUUUUUCUUAAUCGAUGAUGUAAUCUAAGAUCCUAGGUUUUUU